AUGAGCAGCGCCAAACUUUUAUCCACAAAAUGUCCGCUGUGUGGAAAUAUUUUAUUCUGGAAGCUCCGCAAAGCAAGAACCUCCGUCGCAACUUUCAACACUACUAAUUUAAUCAAACAUUUGAAAAAACACCACCCGAGGGAGCACGACAAGUUUUUAACGAGGUGGCAGAAAGGAGAAAAGCGACACCAAGAAUCACUACUGGAGUCAUUCAAGAAGCAAAGUAAACUCCCCGCAGACAAUGUUAAAGCCAUGGGGAUUACAGAAAAGCUGCUCAACUUCAUUGUACUUGAUGACCAACCGCUAUCAGUGGUGGAAAAUGAGGGAUUUCGCAGCCUGAUUGAACACUUGGAGCCAAGGUACAGUUUACCCUCCAGGACAUAUUUAUCAGAGACAGCGCUACCUGAACUAUACAACCGAGUGUCAGCCAAGUUAGCCGGGAAGCUGAAAGGAGUUCCAGCCCGGAGCUUCACUACAGAUAUUUGGACUUCAGAUGUCCUCCCAAUGUCACUGAUAAGUCAAAAAGUGCGGGGUUCACACAACCGAGCUACAAUCGCAGCCGCCAUUGCCGAGAUGCUAAAUAACUGGGGGAUUCCUCUGGAAAAGGUGCACGUCAUUCUACGGGACAACGCAAGUAACGUGAAAGCCACUUUGGAAGACAUGGCAGUUCCUAGCCUGGGAUGUUUUGCUCACACGCUGCAGCUUGUAGUGCAUGAAGGGCUGAUGUUGCAACGCAGUGUUAGCGAUGCAUUAGCAAACAGCCGAAAGAUUGUCGCACAUUUCAAGCAUUCCCAACUGGCGCAGUCUCGCUUGGAAGACCUGCAGCGUGAAAUGCAGGGAGCGGGAACCACAUCCACUCCAGCUCGUCUCGUUCAAGACGUCCAGACAAGAUGGAAUAGCUCUUUCUACAUGGUCAAGCGCCUUCUGACUGAGAAGCGAGCUCUCUGCGCUUAUGCUGCCGACUACAACUUACCCGCAACUUUAUCAGCCAACGAGUGGGGUUUACUGGAAAAAACUGUGACCGUGCUGGAACCGUUCGAGGAGUUGACGAGGAAAAUCAGCUCAGCGACCUCCACUGCAGCCGACGUUAUCCCAGCCGUCGCUGUUUUAAAACGUCUGCUAGCAGAUGAGAACAGUACCGACAGCGGCAUCAAAACAACGAAGAGCACACUCCUCCAAGCUGUCAACAGGCGAUUCAGCAGCAUCGAAAGUAAAUCCCUCUACGCUGUUGCGACUCUACUGGAUGCUCGUUACAAGGACAGAUUCUUUACUGGGGGAGAAGCUGCCAGGAUGGCAAAGAAUCUCCUCAAGCAAGAGAUGGAGCGAGCGCUGGCCAAGGCAUCAGCUGACAAAGCAGGGACAAGGAAGCCAGAACCAGAGCCAGCAGAAAAGGUUGCUCACGUGGAUGCUAGUUCUCCUACCACAAGUAAGAGUAGCUUUAGCAGUCUGUAUGACAAAAUUCUGGAGGAACAUGAUGAACCUGCACAAGGUACCCAGGCAGCAGUUAUCCAGAUGCAAAUGUACUUGAAAGAACCAACAAUGGGUGAGCUAGACAGCCCUUUCCAGUACUGGGCAGACAACCAUGCCCGCUUUCCUCUCCUUGCUGCUGUUGCAGUAAAGUUCCUGAGUGCUCCUUCAACGAGUGUUGAAAGUGAAAGACUGUUUAUCACCUUCAAUGCCAAAUCUCCAACGCUUGAAUUCUACAGACUAAAUAGAAGAUGGAUGCUCUACAAAAAUACUAACAACGGUUUCUCCUGUUUAGUUCUGUCUGGUGGCUCACUAAAAGUCAAAUCCAGCAUGGCAGCAUCUCAUGGAGCCAACAAGGAAAGCAAGGUGUGA